GCCACCUCCUAAUUAUCGUUUCACAUCCUCUCCCCCUUUUUGAAAGAAUCAUCAUCAUCAGUCAUUACCACCACCCUCCUUGGUAGUGGUAAGGUGGUAAUAGAGAAAAUGCUGAGGGCUGGUUGCAAGAGAUUCGCAGGGUUGGCUAAUUUUAAGAACCAGACCCAGACUCUGUCUCUGCUUCGUUUCUACCAUGAGAGAGUCGUUGAUCACUACAAUAACCCUCGUAACGUCGGAUCCUUCGAUAAGAACGACCCAACCGUCGGGACCGGCCUUGUCGGUGCCCCCGCUUGCGGUGAUGUCAUGAAGCUCCAGAUUAAGGUCGAUGAGGAAACCGGCAAGAUCGUCGAUGCUUGCUUUAAGACCUUCGGAUGCGGCUCCGCCAUCGCCUCUUCUUCUGUGGCUACUGAAUGGGUAAAGGGGAAGCAGAUGGAGGAAGUCUUAUCCAUAAAAAAUACGGAGAUUGCAAAACAUCUUUCACUUCCCCCUGUGAAGCUCCAUUGCAGCAUGCUUGCAGAGGAUGCAAUCAAGGCGGCUGUGAAAGACUAUGAAGCAAAGCGUGCCAAGUUGGGGGAAAAUGGUGAUGAGGCUGCACCAGUUGACAAGGCUGCUGAUGCUUAAUGAACAAGUACGUGUAUAAAUGACAUGUCUAAAAUUAUGAUAAUGAAUAAAUUGGACCUUCUGGCUUGUGUAGCAUGGUCCGUCGUUUUCCAUAUAUUUUGUACAGUAACUUGUUUUCAUGGGAUAGAAGAUGAAGAACUCAACAAUAGUUGGGUGUUAAAAAAGGAACAUGGAUUUUGUUCUUCUAAUUGUUGUUAAUUACU